CCAAUAUUGUACCAAUAUUGGCAUAAGCUGGUGCUUGGGAUAUAACGGAUUCGCCAAGCAUCGGUUGUUAAUGCUGCCAUGUGAUAUAAAAACUUAGUUAUCUGACAUUUUGGUGAAAAAUGAGUUUUUGGUAUCAAUGAACUCGUAAGAAAAAACUGCGUCUAAUAGUUAUAGUUUAAAUUUUUUUUACAAAUUAUUGUUUGUAAAAAAUUAAUAUUAAAAAUCUAAGAAAUUGCAGAAAAUGAAGGAAUAUUUGAUAAAAAGUUAAGGAAAGGACUAUGCGUAGUCCAAAAAACAAACGAGGCUACGAGCUCGAAUGUAAGAUUUGAAGGAAAAACUUAGUUAAAGGCAUUUGUGUGUUUUUUGUAUCAAAUAAGUAGUCGAGUCUAAGCGUUGGAUUUGAAAUAAAAACUUUGCAUAUGCAACGCUUGCAAUUACCUAAGUUAUUCCGUCAAAAAGUCAGUCGAGACAGAGCCGAACGACUACUUAACUGCAUUCGGCUAAACUCGGUUUAUCCUCGGGUCGCAAGCAGCAAGCAGCCGUCCCCUUACCACAUGACCCUGUAACGUUUUAUUACGUUUCUGUUCUACUGACAAUCCUUGUUGUUACUCAGAUUGAAUAAUUCAUAUUAAUAUUAUAUUUUCAAAUUAUAUUUCGCGCCUUAGCGCCAAACUUCAACACCAGGCGUCGCGCACGCCAAAAACAGCAGACGACAAAAAGCACAUGUUGCUUUUGACCGGCAAGAGACGCCAGAUUGGUGUGAACCAUAAGUGCGAAAACGCACCAUUGCGCAUAAUUAAUAUAAUUGUAUUUUUAUUCCUUGUGCCAAAUAAAUUGUUGUUUAUUGUGAGUGCGCUAAUUAUUUCCGCCGUUUCCAGCGUCAUAAUCGCUAAUUUCAGUUGUGGGAAUACAAAAAAGAUAUACGAUCACCAUGGAACCAGCACCCAACGACAACACGAACAACGCUACUGGAUCUGCCCUACAAGAGAUUCCGGUUCUGUGCAUUACGCCACUUCCCGAAGACCAAGGCGAACCCAGCAGCGCCGUCACUCUCGAGCAACCACCAAGUGGUCUGGUUGUUUUACGCAAGACAACCUUAGAAACCCUCCUAGCCGAACGUGACGACCUUAAAGAAAAGUUAACUACUAUUCAACAACAAUUAUCCUCUUUUGAAGAAAAAGAAAAACUAAAUUGCGCAACGACCAGCAAGACCGCCGACCAUAAGGAAGAACACUACCAAUUUAUGGCGGAUUUGAACAAGGAACGCUACAACCUAACAAACACGAUCUCAGAACUCCAGAAAGAGAUCACUGAUCUAAAAGUCGAACGCGCCACCAUGAAGAAAGAUCUCGAUUCAUAUGAAGCCGAUUUCAACCGAGUUUGCGACGAUUACUCUUACCAGGAAGACUACAGCCUCCGCCUCAAGAAACUCUUUUACAACACGGUAUCCGAAGUAUGCCAUGCUCUCGCAAAUUUGCGCGAACCGAAGCUGAGACCUAAGGCCCCCGAAGGCUGCCUUAACUGUGGUAUCAGCGGGCAUAGUUUUCGUUCCUGUCAAAGGAAGUAUAACGGACGUUUCUGUCAAACCUGCGCACACCCCGACUUUUCAACCGAAGAAUGUCCUUGGCCUCACUACCCUAAUGGACCCUCUAGCAUUCCCGAAAGCAGCAGAUGUAAAUCGUGCUGGCAAUCAAAGACUACGCCAAACCCGCAUUGCGCUGAGUGCCGUCGAAGAAUGAUAAGAGAAAAUACCAUUAAGCGCAAUAAACUCGCCCAAGAAUUAGAAGAUGCAUCAUUCUCACUCCCUUCCACCAGUCAAUCAAUGAAGGAUGGAAGACAAGCAACUCGCACCAUCAUCGCUCCCCCAGCUUCUCAAGCCCAGCAGAUGGCCAUUACGUCAGUUGUAACUAACAACUCUAAGAGCGAAUUUUGCAUUCAAUCCGAACCAAAAGCCGAGAUUGGAAUGCAGCCUUCUACUCAGCCAGCAAAUCCCAAGACUGCUCUGCAAAACGCGCAACCCAACGAAGAGCCAACGGUUUCACAAGACCCAAUAGUUGAACCAUUAAUGCUCUCACCCCAAGUACAGCCCAGUAAUGUGCAGAACCUGCCAUUAAAACUUUUCCAAUAAAGCAAAUCUAAUUGAAAUAUGUUGUUAGAUAUAAUUAUAUUAAUUAAUAUCCCACAACUGAUUAUUAAGACGAGAAGUGAGAUAUCAGAUAAGUUUUGAUUUCAGAUUCUUUUCCUUCCUUUCAUUCAGUUAUCUUUGCAUCUCAAUUUUUAAUGCUUUGUUUUAUUCCUAAAUCAUUCUAAUAAUUAUUCAAUUCUAACUUAAAAGGUUUAGUCUCUUUUGCAAGCCAAGGAUUAUGGGUUGGAGAGAUUUAGCCAAACGACUCAAUCCUGGGUAGCAACAACGAUUUAGGAAGGGGGAAUUGUAACGUUUUAUUACGUUUCUGUUCUACUGACAAUCCUUGUUGUUACUCAGAUUGAAUAAUUCAUAUUAAUAUUAUAUUUUCAAAUUAUAUUUCGCGCCUUAGCGCCAAACUUCAACACCAGGCGUCGCGCACGCCAAAAACAGCAGACGACAAAAAGCACAUGUUGCUUUUGACCGGCAAGAGACGCCAGAUUGGUGUGAACCAUAAGUGCGAAAACGCACCAUUGCGCAUAAUUAAUAUAAUUGUAUUUUUAUUCCUUGUGCCAAAUAAAUUGUUGUUUAUUGUGAGUGCGCUAAUUAUUUCCGCCGUUUCCAGCGUCAUAAUCGCUAAUUUCAGUUGUGGGAAUACAAAAAAGGUUAGUCUUCUAAUUUCGUUUUUCUUGGCUUGUCACCGAAGGAAGGAGGAGAUAUCUUUCGAGCAGUGGAUUCCUGGUUGGUAAUUGUGUCUCGCAAUAUGAGUCGAACCCUUACUCUAUUUUUACAAUAAAUUCUUAUAUUGUUGGUCACAACCCCAAUGGGAAAUUAACAACUGGCGUAGUACUGCGCCA